CACCUCAAAUCUCAACUCCAGGAUUCCGGACGGAGGUUGAGGCCCGGCUCUACAUUGUUCCCUCCCUAGAUUUUGAACAUCUCGCCCAACUCAACCCAGUCCGGUUUCUUGAUCCCAACCGAAAUUUGAUCCGGUUCUUAAGUUCCUCACUGCCGCAUCAUGACCGAAGUUGUUCGAGAGAAUUUUAAGGAGUUGCUUCCAGUGAUUUUGGGCCAAAUUUCGGACGCUUCGUUUGUUUCUUUUGACGCGGAAUUUACGACUCUCGGAGAAUUCAGCCUCUUUGACUCCUUGGAGCAACGAUAUGUUAAACUCAGAGGGCAAGCAAGCUCGAGUGUCAUUAAUCAAUUUGGAUUGUCCAUUUUCACGCAAGACCCGGCCAAUCCAGAGUGUUACCAGGUGUCCUGCUACAAUAUUUAUCUCUUCCAACGUUCUUUCGGUCCUUUGAACAAACCCUUCUUAUGUGAGCCCCAAUCCCUCGAGUUCCUGACCACGCACAAGUUCGACUUCAACAAGUUCAUUUACCAGGGAAUUGGCUAUACGAACAGGGCUCAAGAAUCCAUGCUCCGUUCGUACCUGGCAAAGAAUGGAGCUCGUUGUGGGUCAUUCGAGCGAGAAAUCUACGGGGACGAGCUCAAAGACGUUUGUUCCAAAGUGUCUCAAUGGAUCUCUGCCCAAGAAAAAGGCCAAGAGCUCGAUAUUCAAUGUGGGAACAUCCCAGCGGAUUUAGCUGCCAUUUAUAUUUGUUUCCAGUUCCCAAAUGUUUGGGCCUUUAAAUCGGACGACCACGAGGCGCAAGUCAGAGUGAAGAUCGUCUCGAGUGACGAGCGGAAAGAACUGGAUAAAAAGCAAAUGGAAACCAACCUGGACGAGCAACGAGGUUUCUCACAAGUGAUUGAGGCUAUUAUAAAGGCCAAAAAACCAAUUGUGGGGCAUAACUGUCUACUUGAUUUGGUGAGGAUCUAUCAGCAAUUCAUCGACGAUCUUCCCUCCACUUUGGAACGCUUUCGAGUCAAAGUUCGCAUCCUGUUCCCUGAAAUAUACGACACGAAGUUAGUUGCCUUGAACAUAAAGAAAGACCAGCCGAACGAAUUCCCUGUUGCACUUACUGGAACGAGGCUGGAUGAGCUUUACUUGGCCUUGAAUGGACAGAAGGCCGGAUAUCAGGUCCCUCACUCGCCUAAUAUUGUCAUGGACAAAGAAACUGGUCAAAUCUACGGAGAUGGGUACAAGAAAUUUCACGACGCCGGAUUCGACGCGUACGUAACCGGUUAUGUAUGGCUAAAACUGGCGCACAUCGCCUCAACAAUUCAUUAUCUAAGUCGGGAUACGAUCAGAACCUUGAAAUUUAAAGAACACCAAGCCGGGGUUGCUCCUUACAAAAACCACAUCAAAAUCAACCACUCGAGCAUUUUCCGCUUGGAUCUUGACAAACCGGUGAAAGGUGCCACGACCGGUCCAGCUAAAGUCACGAUUUCAUCAAAAUUCGGACUUGCCAUCAACCCCGAUCAGUUCAUCAAUAAGCUGACUUCAUAUGGAUUAGUGGAGGUACAGCCGCUCACCCGAACGCAAGUGAUUGUGGCCACCAUGGGACAGCGGACAUGCAAUGCCAUCAUUCAAGAUUUCGCCAAUAGUGAGGAGUACAACGUGGCGCCGAACAAUCUCCGUCCCGAAAAGAUGAAUAAGGUGACACCAAUCCUCUUUGGGUUUGUGAUUGGAAUGAUCCUCGUUCCCCUCUGCGUUGUCUCUCGUGUGAUGUGGCGUUGAAAAUGCUCUCCUCUCGUCCCGUUUUGUUCCCACGUAUUUGCCUUUUGGAUUUUUUUUAUACCGUCAAUGAAUCUUGUAUCAAGAGUG